ACAGCUGCAAAGUUCAGAGAGUUGAACUACAGUGCUUUGAGUUCACUGCUUAUUCUGCCACGGUCAGCUGCUGUUGUAAAUCUUCCUCCCGGAACACGUGACGAUGCAUUUCUUGACUAUAUAUCCCGAGGACAGCGGCACAGCUGUCAGAGCGGCAGCCACGCACAGAGGAGCAACGCGGUUGAACUCGGCAAGUCAGGAAUUCAGGACUUGGGGCAAAUCGUCAGCCUUGACCCUGCAGUGUGCGCAGCGCCUCAGUGCCCACGAUGGAGCCCCUGAAUAGCACACACCCGAGCACUGCAGCCUCCAGCAGGCCCUUCCAGUCCCAUGUGUCUGGCAGCGGCGGCAGCAACGGCAAUGAGUAUUUCUACGUCCUGGUUGUCAUGUCCUUCUACGGCGUUUUCUUGAUUGGAAUCAUGCUGGGCUACAUGAAGUCCAAGAGGCGGGAGAAGAAGUCCAGCCUCCUGCUGCUCUACAAAGACGAGGAGAGGCUCUGGGGGGAGGCCAUGAAGCCGCUGCCUGUGGUGUCCGGCCUGAGGUCGCUGCAGGUGCCCAUGAUGCUGACCAUGCUGCAGGAGAGCAUGGCGCCCGCACUGUCCUGCACACUGUGCUCCAUGGAGGGGGACAGCGUGAGCUCCGAGUCCUCCUCCCCCGACGUGCACUUCACCAUCCAGGAAGAGGGGGCGGACGAUGAGCUGGAGGAGACUUCUGAGACGCCUCUCAACGAAAGCAGCGAGGGGUCCUCGGAGAACAUUCACCAGAAUUCCUAGCACCCCCGGGGCCCCUCACAGCGGCUCCCUCAGCCAGGUCCUUUAGAGAUAGGAGAGGGAUUUUUCAAGUGCCUGUUUCACUUUUUAUAGUGCAGCGUCACUUUGAAGAGAUGCCACCCUCGUAAACCCCCCACGUGGGGUAAGAUGGGAGAUAGGGCUCACCCGCAGGCCUCGAGGGCCUCACGCCCUGAAGACGCACCGUGUGUACAUUUACUUUGGGGUCUGAGUGUGGGAUUCCCGUUCAGUAUCUGGCAGACUGACGAGCUCCUAUUUUCUCAGUGGACGCCCUGGGUGAUUUCGCAGCAACUUUCAAACGCCUAGGGUGAACUGAGGGACUCGUUUUGAUUCGCUCAUCGCCUAGAGCUUUGCUCUUCUAGACGUGAUUGGUUGUAAGUAUCACUACUGUGCACCUGUGACAUUAAAUCAUAGAGGCUUCCUUUGGAAGUCUUGGAUUGGAGGGGGAGAACUUGAUGGAGUAUUUUUUGUUUUUUGAAGGGAGAAAACCCCUUUGAAGGGGUAAACCCAACCUGUUUGUACAAUGUAAAGGGAAAAAGACAGCUUUUAAACUUGUUAAAUUAGCUGAGGUUGUAAGAGAUGAACUGGCAUUGUGACUUGUGCCUGUCCAGCACGCUGCUAUGACUUUCCUGUGGUUGGAGAGCUUCCCUCGACUCUGUAUUCUGAAUAGCCAUGCAGAGGGCUCUUCAAAUCUUUCCAGAAGGGGUAAGAAUGAUGGGGCUGAACAAGACCAUGCCAAUCCCUUUACUGUGUCUCAUUUUCCCAGAUUAGUUUUCUGAGAGGGGUGUUUUAUGGGACCUUACAACAUGGAACUUCAUCAGGUAGGUUAGUCCUAGAUGGGCGUAUUCCAGCUGGGGUCCAAGUUCUGUGGCCUCCAGAUUCAGAGCCCUGAUGCUCAUAUGCUGUGUGGUCCUGGACAUGUCGUCAAAGGCUUAUUGGCUUCCUGGGGCUCUGGAGGAUGUGCCGCCCCAGGGGGCUGGGAGGAUGUCUUUGGAUUUUAGACUCUGUGAUCAACCCUCCGUGGCCUGUUGUGAAGAAGCUCAGACCAAAUAGUUCCCCUUUGGCCACUUAGUCUGUAAAAAGGAUCUGCUGAUUUAAAGGAGCAGUUGGCGAACACAUGUGACUGGGGAAUUUGGGGCUAAUCACAAACCAGUCCUGCUAUAGUUUUCCCAGGAUUGAACCAAAGAGGCAGAAGCUGUACCACAUUUUGGUCUGCAAAGUUCUCUGUGUGGUGGGCUCUUAAUACACCCAGCUGAGAGAAAGAGAAGUCUAAGGGGAGAUCUCACAACUGCUUACCAGUGUCUGCACGUAUAGUGUUCCUGUGAUCAGUGACAGUCGGGUAGCAGAAACUAUGAGCCCUUGAAGACAAGACACGCUGAAAGGUCAAAUUUAGUUCUAGGGGAACAAAUCCUUUUGUUAUUGUUUUAAAACAUAAUAUCCCUGGAUUGGAAAUGUAAGCAUGACUACAGUUCUCACGAAAUGGUUAACAGUGUUGGAACUGGUUUAUCAGUUCACUUUGACACACAGCUAGAGGAAAUUUAUGUUUGGGGAAACAGGGUUAAAAUUCACUUUAAAAUUCAGAGUGUAGAUUUACUCCAAAGGGGGCCGUUUAAGUUGAAAGAAGCCAAGUUCAGUUUGGCCUCUUGCCUGGAAUCACUUGAAUUCUGAAACUUCACAGUGACGGACAUGUGCAGAGUCACAUUUUCCAUUGCUUAGUUCUGAAGUUUGGUGCAAGUCUAUCUGCGCCUCUUAAAAAGUGAUGUAUAUACUUCCUUCUUAUUCUAUUGAGUUGUAUACAAUUGUCUUUUGUAUUUAAUGGUUUGUAAUUUUCACAAUAUUUUUUAAUUUAAAUAAACAAACACAUUUUCCAUGGAA